GUUGACUCCUGCUUGUCACCUGUCAGGAUCCAUCCUCCUGUCACUGGCUUAUAUGGACAAGUCAGCCCACAUCACGUGACUGCAGGUUGCUAAAAACAGCUCCGGCACCCACUCCAAACCAGGGCCUGAAACAAUGUCCUCCACCGAGAGAAACGUAAAGGACACUUGAUCACACAAUCCCUGGAAUAAUAUCCAGGAAACACUUGCUGGAGCCACUUGCAGCACCCUUCCCUGGCAGCACACUUGGGGACGGCGAGGAGAUGAGCGCAUCUCUGAAUUACAAGUCUUUUUCCAAAGAGCAGCAGACCAUGGAUAACUUAGAGAAGCAACUCAUCUGUCCCAUCUGCUUAGAGAUGUUCACGAAACCUGUGGUCAUUCUUCCCUGUCAGCACAACCUGUGUAGGAAAUGUGCCAGUGAUAUUUUCCAGGCCUCUAACCCGUAUUUGCCCACAAGAGGAGGCACCACCAUGGCAUCAGGGGGCCGAUUCCGCUGCCCAUCCUGUAGACAUGAAGUGGUUUUGGAUAGACAUGGGGUAUAUGGACUUCAGAGGAACCUGCUGGUGGAAAAUAUCAUUGACAUCUACAAGCAGGAGUCCACCAGGCCAGAAAAGAAGUCCGACCAGCCCAUGUGCGAGGAGCAUGAAGAGGAGCGCAUCAACAUCUACUGUCUGAACUGCGAAGUGCCCACCUGCUCUCUGUGCAAGGUGUUUGGUGCACACAAGGACUGCCAGGUGGCUCCCCUCACUCAUGUGUUCCAGAGACAGAAGUCUGAGCUCAGCGAUGGCAUCGCCAUCCUCGUGGGCAGCAACGAUCGAGUCCAGGGAGUGAUCAGCCAGCUGGAAGACACCUGCAAAACUAUCGAGGAAGUUUGCAGAAAACAGAAACAGGAGCUUUGUGAGAAGUUUGAUUACCUGUACGGCAUUUUGGAGGAGAGGAAGAAUGAAAUGACCCAAGUCAUUACCCGAACCCAAGGGGAGAAACUGGAACACGUCCGUGCUCUGAUCAAAAAGUAUUCUGAUCAUUUGGAGAACGUCUCAAAGUUGGUUGAGUCAGGAAUUCAGUUUAUGGAUGAGCCAGAAAUGGCAGUGUUUCUGCAGAAUGCCAAAACCUUGCUACACAAAAUCUCCGAAGCAUCAAAGGCAUUUCAGAUGGAGAAAGUAGAACAUGGCUAUGAGAACAUGAACCACUUCACAGUCAACCUCAAUAGGGAAGAAAAGAUAAUACGUGAAAUUGACUUUUACAGAGGUUUGUUAUUCUUUUGA